CGAGCAGCACGUCUGCCCUCAUUUCUUAUCAAUGGAAUCCGAUCACAAACUUCAACGCUGGAAAGUAAUCUUUCGCAGGAAGCAGCCCCGCCACCAGCAGCGGCUCCACCACCUUCAGGACAACCGCAUGGGACAAAUCCUGCUGUACCUCCAUUGGAACCUAUAGAAUACUUGGAAAGUCCACGACGACCCUCACCAAUCAGCAUUGGAAGCAUUCGUCCUUACAAACGACCGAAACAACGCACUCAAUUGCUGCUUCUGCUGAUCUGCACGGACCAUUCAUCACCGGGAACAGGCGCGUCGGGAUUGUCGCCGGCAGAAGCCGACAAGGCCAAGAGCAUCUAUGCUGCCGACUCUUAA